GUUUUGCAUGAGAGAGGACGGAGUUCAGGAUGAUUCCUGAGGAUCUCCUAAUAUGGACACUGUACUUUAUUAAUUCAUGUAGCAAAGGUCUUGCACUAGAAUGUCUUCAAUGUAUGGAAGCAAACAGUUACACAUGUGACGGGGUCUCAGUUCAGUGUCCUAACUCUACAGAAUGUAUGGUGAUCUCCCAGUUGUAUAGGAUCGAUGACACAGAAUAUCACUCAAUUAAAAAGGGCUGCAAUCCCGGCUAUCCCUGCAACAAGGUGCAGUACGUCUCAAAUUUUGAGAAUAACGAUAAAAUAGUUAAUGUGCAAUGCUGUACAGGAAACAACUGUAACAACGGUGACUACCAUGUGGAUCCUCUGGAAAAAGAACACCGAGGUAGGAUAUGCCCCGCUUGCUUUGAGAGAAGCAUGAAAGAAUGUUACAGCAACCACACCAUUCAGUGUUUGAAGGAAGAAGACAAAUGCAUCAAUUACAUUGGAAGAAUCAUUGAUCCAGGUAAUAACAUGGAAGACCAUAGUUUCAAGGGCUGCCUCUCUCCUUUGGCCUGUGUGUUUGGGUUUGAAACAUUGAUUGCUGUGCAGGAAAUUCACACUGUCCUCCUUGAAUGCAGCGAUUAAAAUAACCUUUUCAACUAAACCUAAUAAAGCAUUUACAUCAAUGUGUCUCAAA